AUGUUCGCUCAAAUACUUUCUCGACGUGCUCUACACACUUCUCGUCCGCUUCUCUCAGCUCAGCCCGGCUUAGAAGCUACUUUGCGAAACGCCUUGAAGGCAUCGAUGAAAGCCAAGGAUAAACCAGCAGCGGCAUGUUUGAAGUCAAUCCUUGCAGAUGUCACCAAUGCGACUAAAUCAGGAGCGAACCCUAACGAACCGAUAAAUGACGAGGGGGUCAUGGGAGUAUUGAAGAAAGGUAUUUCGCAGAGGACCCAAGCAUCUGAAUCAUAUUCACCAACCUCCCCUUCCCCUCAUCCCGAGAACUAUUCCUCCCUCUUAAACGAGAUCAGCCUCCUCAAAUCGUUCUUACCAGAAGCACCAUCCAAUGAAAUCCUCCAGCAAUCUAUUGAUAAGAUUAUUACCGGACUGACAGACGAGUUGAAAGCUUCUAGGGGAGUUGCAGGACAGGUAUUAAAUAAGUUAUGGGAAGAGCUGGGCGAUAAGAAAGCUGGAGUGGACAAAAAGGUCGUUGGAAAGAUGGUCCAGGAAGCUUUGAAGAAGUUGCAGAUAUGA